CAUAUUUCAGAGAGAAAAAAAACACGGCCAAUCCUAUUUUUUGCUCGAUCAGCUGUUCGAGGACGAUCGUGAGGUCGCAGACGACGCGAUCUUUCCCCUCGCGAGUAAACAAUCGUGUUAAUCGUAAUUGUUGCAAAGUAAACGCUUCAAGAACCUUUUUACUUCAAGAAGACUUUACCAACUUUGCAACAGUUGCGGCACAAUAGAACAAUCAAAAUGAGUAAACUUUUGAAAAAAUUCGCCACCAAAGAGACACGAGAUUAUUUCUUCAGUACCCACUUUUGGGGACCAAUUGCGAAUUGGGGAAUACCCAUAGCUGCGAUAGCCGAUAUCAACAGAGAUCCAAAGUUCAUCAGUGGCAAAAUGACGCUGGCUCUUUGCCUUUAUUCUGCAAUGUUUAUGCGCUUCUCCCUGAAAGUCCAGCCUCGAAAUUUGCUCCUGUUUGGUUGUCACUUCGUUAACGAGGGUGCGCAACUUACACAAGGCUACAGAUUCAUCGAUUACCAUUAUCUGGGCAACAAGAAGACAGAAGAAAAAGACUAGAAGAAGGUCUAUACUUUGUACUAGAAAAAUGUGUUCCAUGGGUUAUGGAAGACUCGCCAUAAUUUUAUUGGGUGGUCGCAUCUCAACGAGCUAGCAUAUUGCAUAUGCUUUCAAACUCGUUUGUUGACAAUAGAUAGGAAAUAUUGAAUUUAUUACAUGAACUGUUAUUCCAUGAA